CGAAAUGGAAGGCAGUCCGCUUAACGGCACGCUUGGUCCAGUACAAAUUAAGGACUCCUGAGUCCACGAGAAUACCUCACUUAUUCCCCCCUUCCCAAUGAGAGUUUCAUGUCCAACCACCAUAGAAAGGUCGCUGUUUUCUGGGACUAUGAAAAUUGUAGUCCUCCCUUGAAUUCCCAAGGACAUGCCAUUGUAAAUGGCAUCCGACGAAUUGCGCAUGUUUUUGGAAACGUAACGUCGUUCAAAACAUACUUUGACAUGUCCUCGCAAUCCUCCCCCAAGUCUGUCGGGUUUCGCUCUGACCUCCAGUCCUCUGGGGUGUCCAUAAUCGACUGCCCCCACAACGGCAAGAAAGAGGUAGUGGACAAGAUGAUUCUUGUGGAUAUGAUUGCAUUUGCCGUCGAUAACCCUUCACCUGCCACCAUUAUCCUGAUAGCCGGUGACCGUGAUUACGCUUAUGCUGUAUCAACCCUCCGCCUUCGACAAUAUACUGUCGUUCUUAUCGUACCACCAGCGCCAAACAUUCCUCAGAGUCUGGAGUCUCAGGCCUCUGUCGUGGUGGACUGGAAUUUUGCCAUUCUUGGAAAGCGCACAGAAGCCGACACAUUGCCGAAUGCCGCGCCUUCUGCGGUGCCCUCGUCACCUGUAUCCUCACGGGGGCGGAAUGAUGACAUUACUGCACCGAACUCAACACACUUCGACCCUACCUCGGCCAUGCUGGAUAAUCGUAUCGUUGAGUCGGAUGAAGCGGCGCUUCUGGAUGCCUUUGGAUAUAGUAACGAAGACGGAGACGACACAAGUAGUAAUGACGAGUUCGACGCCUCGACUGGCAGUCCAAUUUUUUCCAGGGUCGACGAUCCCUUGCGCACACAGGUUGCGAGCUCUCCGUCUGUUUCUCUCCCCACCCCUGCACCUUCUGUAAUUCCCAUAUCUCCGACGUCAUCGUCAGCACCAUCUCCGUCGACACCGUCUUCGCUGACUUUGACUGUCUCCGAUUCCGACGCUAGUACGCCUUACGUCGAUGUCGGCUUACAACAAGCAACGUCUGUUAUCAAUGAUGACAAAGACAAUCAUUCUUCAGGGCGUCAGGCGCCUCUGACCGAGUCCAUGAAAGAUGCGAUCCGACUCAUUACACCCCCACAAUUCCUCCCACUGAUCGAUCUGCUUUUGCUGGCGAUGUCGAAAGGGGAAACGAAAUCAUCAAGGUCUACGAUUGCUGUUGACUUGGUCAAGUCUGACAAGAAUGCAUACAAGCGCGCCGGGGUGACCAGGUUCAGUCAUUAUACUGCGCUAGCAGAACAAGCUUCUCUUGUGAAGCUUACUGCGCGGGAUGGCGCCACAUGGAUAGCGCUCCAUCCGAAUCUGUUUAGACAGAACAUCGACUCGGAUCCCGAGUCAUCAUACACCCCAUCGACUGUCCAUAUUAAUGACUCCCCUACACCACCGGAUAACAUUACUUAUAACAAGACUCCAGCUCCAUCUUCAGCAGCUACGCCACCACCGACCGCCGCGUCGCCUUUGACCACUAGAACAUCCGCAUUGAACCCAAACGCUUCACCUUUCAUGACAGUCGUGCCGAUCCCGCUGUGCUUCCAGCCGCUCGUUGCCUGCCUGGCGAAAGUUCACAGGAAUGGGAUAGCGGAGCCUCUUCGUUCAGCAGUUGGCCAAGUGCUUGGGUUCAAAGUAUAUUCUCAAGCUGGCGCGGCCAGUCUGAAAGAAUAUAUUGCUCAAGCCAUGGACGCCGGCGUUGUGGAAUGUGGAGGAGGCAAUGGUUAUGAUUGGGUGAAACUUCAUCCUGAUGUGCGAAGUGGAAAGCGUUCUUGUUAGUUUGAUUUAAUGUCUUUUGUGUGUUGCGGUUCAAGUUCAUCAUCUGUUGUACGAGUAUAUAUGUACCCGGGAAUCAAGCGUGUCCCAGCCGAGGGCUGUAUUUCAUGAAAAGGAAGCCGACACACAAGUGACGUCCUUAUCCUGUUUUUAAAGCUUCGGCGAGGUUUGAGACAAUAUUUUACCUUCCGUCCUGUUCUAGUGGGGUACAUCUAACCGCCCUGACCAGUAUUUCAACAGUGGCAUUUUGCUGGAUGUACUGACGAAGCCCGACUUCUAACUCGUCAGAAGAGCAUACCACUACGACUUGAUGGGCUCAGUGAUCGGGAAGGGAGAAACGCAUUAAUGAGGGUUCACCUAUAUUAUGUGACUCCCACU